AUGACGAGCCGAUCGACACCUCGGAGACGCCAAACAUUGCGAGAUUCGCAUGCUGCUUCGCGAAAUGGCGCUACUAUGACACCCAAGGUCAUCAACGCAGGGCCUUCUCUCGAAAAGGCUGAGCUAUACGGAAUAGACGACCAACGCCCGACUUUCUCUAAGCUUAUGGGUCUCGCCGGCCGUAUUUUUAUCGAAACUAUUCCGCAAUGGCUAGCCGUCGGGGCAAUGCUCAGCCUAAUCUUUGGCGGCUGUUGUUCGAACGUCUUUGCUCUCGAGGCCAUUAUUAAGGUUGAACCGGCGAGUGGAACGCUUUUGACUUUCGUACAGUUCCUCUUCGUUGCUGUCACUGGAUACGUCUCGCAGUUCGAUAUUACGCGCCCACCCUUUUUCGUGAAACCGAAUCGAGUUCCGAUCCGUCGCUGGCUGAUCAACAUCAUUCUAUUCUUUAGCAUCAAUGUGUUAAAUAACCACGCCUUCAGCUACGAUAUUUCCGUACCAGUUCACAUCAUUUUACGAUCCGGAGGCAGUAUUACGACAAUGAUGGCCGGGAGCUUAUACGGAAAGAAAUAUUCUCGCAUUCAGAUCGUGGCUGUUCUCUUACUUACGGUUGGUGUUGUCACGGCCGCGUGGUCAGACGCCCAGUCCAAGGGAACUUCCGCUUCAAAUUCUCAAGAAAAUGUUCCCAAAUUUAGCACUGGCUUGGCGGUCCUCUUGAUCGCACAAAUUUUAUCGGCUAUUAUGGGAUUAUACACGGAAGAAACGUAUAGAAUAUACGGAGCGCAUUGGAAGGAGAAUUUAUUCUACUCUCAUCUGCUCUCAUUGCCGCUAUUCUUGCCAUUUUCACGGUCUCUGGUCAAUCAGUUUAUGCGUUUGGCCGAUAGCAAACCACUUGCGCUCCCACUAUUAGCAGAGCAUGUGAACCUGUCGACCGUUUCAGCUAAUGUGCGACAUCAUAUUGAAGGAAUUUACAUUCCCAGUCAGGUGGCCUACCUUGCUCUUAACGUUUUAACACAGUAUGCCUGUAUCCGAGGUGUCAAUCUUUUAGCUGCCGUGUCAUCUGCAUUGACUGUUACCAUUGUGCUCAACAUUCGCAAGUUGGUCAGUUUACUGCUUAGCAUAUGGCUUUUCGGGAAUCGGUUAGCCACUGGAACUCUAAUAGGUGCCAUUGUGGUGUUUUCCGCAGGUGGCUUGUACUCGUUAGAUUCUAAGAAGCCAAUUCCGAAGCCGAAGGCGAGCAGUGGGAAAGCGGGAUAG